CCUUUACAGAUUUAUUGAAAAGAUCGUACCGGGAAAGCAGGAACACGACAAGCAGUUCUGCCACGGUGUUUGGGUGCAAGACGAUUUAAACUGUUCCUCAUUGGAAUCCGCGCUGAUGCAGAAAUUACGUCCUCUCUUGACCGGUUACAUUCUCGUCACACCACCAUCGCCAGUUGUUGAAGAGAUGAUAGAUGUCCUAAACAAUCCUCUGCGACUAGCGGAUUUUAUACGUCAAAAAUUCUACGAAUAUCCAGAGAUUGCAGACGACCUCCAGACGGCUUUUUAUAACAGUGAACUGCGCGCUGCCACUCUUAACCUUCUGGCACUCGUCAAAGCCUUUGCCGAACACCAACAGGCUCCACAAUGGGUGAAGACCCUGGAAUUUGGACUCGAACACAUUUUCGGUCCUCCAUCGGAUCCAUACUCAUUUGGUGCUAUUACCAAGAAUGUUACUGAAACUAUCAACAAGUAUACAACAUGUUUCCUAAUGGAUCGCUUUGUCACUGUAGCAAAUGAAUCCGCGAUGGAAGAUGCCGCUGUAUGCUUGACAGAUUAUCAACAGUAUCUUACUGGCAUUGUCAUUGUCAAUAUGACUGACAAUGCGACAGAAUUUGAACCGUUUACAACUUACAAAAUCCGCCAUUUACCUGGUCUUGUUGACAACACCUAUUCAUACGUGGACAGCCCUCGCCGAGUAUUUGAUCGUAACAUGCCGUUCAAUGAUCUCAAGUACCUCACUUAUGGAUUCUCUUUUCUGCAAGAAGCCGUCGAUCGAGCUAUAAUAGCUAUCCGUUCAAAUUCGUCGUUAUCCUUAGGAAUGUAUUCACAGCAAGAGCCAUAUCCAUGUGUCUCAUACGAUACCUUCAACAUCACCUACUUUCUUGCAUUGUUUGUGAUUUUGUCCUUUAUCAUACCAGCUGCAUUACUGGUGAAAAAUAUCGUUCACGAAAAGGAGCUUAGACUUAAGGAGCAAAUGAGGAUUAUGGGACUAGGAGAUAUGGUGCAUUUAUGGUCAUGGGCAAUUAUCUCAUUAACGCUAAACAUUGCUAGCACUUUUGCUAUCUGUUUGAUCAUAAAGGUAAGCUUUCUCAGCUUUAGUCAUGAUGCAGCCUGA